AUGACAAUUUCCGAUAACACUGUUGUUUUCAUUACCGGCGCUAGUCGAGGAAUCGGACGGACGUUGGUAGAAACCUUCCUACUCCGGCCUAAGCAUACCGUUAUUGCCAGUGUUCGCGACACAGCCGCAAACUACGUUAAGGAGCUAGAGGCCUUACCCAAGGCUGAUGGCUCGCGUCUGCAGCUAGUAAAGAUUGAAAGCAGCAAUUCGGCCGACCCGGCGGCGGCUAUUAAGGACCUCACGGACGUCGACUAUAUCGAUAUAGUAGUGGCCAAUGCCGGAGGAGCUGGCGAGAAGGGUAUCAUCCCCUUGGAUGUGGUGAGCACCGAGAUCGUGACCGAUGUGUUUACCGUGAAUGCGCUCGGGCCCCUGGCCCUGUACCAGGCCGUCAAGCCUUUGCUAGAGAAGUCCCAGGCCCCUAAGUGGGUUUCGGUCAGCAGUGCUGCUGGUUCGAUUGGCCGACUUGAGCUUCACAAGGCUUAUAUCGCUCCGGCGUACGGAAUCGCCAAGGCAGGCUUGAACUGGAUCACUACUGCUAUCCACGGCGCCAAUAAGGGUUUCAUCGCAUUUGCCGUGCAUCCCGGCCUCGUACAAACGGAGAGCGGCAACAAGAGUGCCCGCGCGAUGGGCCUUCCCCAGGCCCCGAACUCCCAGCGCCAGAGUAUCGAUGCCAUUCUAGGCCUAGUACGUGAUACCCUUCCCUAUCUCGAAGAAGAAUACCAGUUGACUCGUGCAGAUUGA